AUGGAUGAAAUGAAAAAUGAAGGUUUGCAACCUGAUGUUUUCUGUUAUACUGCACUUAUACGUGAUUUCUAUAAGCUAGGUCAGAUAGAUGAAAUAAAGAGUCUCUUUCAGGAAAGGUUGUCAUGCAAUGUACAACCAAAUAAGAUAACAUACGCAGUUGUUAUUGAUGGCUAUUCAAGUUGGAUCAUACGAAAUAAGCUUCUGAGCGAAAUGAUUGGCAAAGGAAUGGAUCCAGAUUCAGUUACAUAUAAUACAUUGACAAACGGGUUUUGCAAGGAAGGGAAAGUAGAAGAAGCUUUUAACUUGUGGGAUCACAUAUCCCAUAGAGGACUAAAGUUAGAUGAAGUUGCGCACACCUCGUUGGUUCACUGCUUGCCACAGAAAAACUCAGCUUCCCCUUCAAAGGCCUUGGCAUUACCAAAUCCUGCCCCAUCAUCCUCUGUUGAGGCUGCUUCACCCAAACUGGUUGAUGAUGGGAUCAUGCUUAAAGAUACAUCUUCAGUUCCAGAUUCUUCACCACAACCUAUGAAUGAGCCACCUUCUUCCCAGGGCAUUGACCCCCCAAUUAUCGAAGCAGAAGAUACUCCCAUGAGUCCGCCCGUUGUGGCAACGUCUUCUCACUCGGACAAGGGGAAGUCCUCACGAAUGGGUGAGUCGUUGGUGGCCAGUUUGACUGAGGGUGCACCAUCUUCUACGAUUGUCGACGAGACGUCUAGCCCUGCUCCAUCUGAUCGUCCUGCUACUUCCUCAGCAGAAGACUUGAAGUUUUUGAAGGAGUUAGUAUUUGACCCAGGAAAUAAAAAUGAUGGAUGUACUGAAUCUUUUGCCAUGAGGCGAUGUUUAAAUGUGGAUUCGUGUGAAUGUUGUUCUUGCUUGUGGACGUUGAGUGAAUUUGGUGGCUGUAGAUAUCCGUUUCAAUGA